AUGCCCGAUAACAUUCCACGGAGUCAACUACGCCGUCGCGACCAUACUAAGGACCCGAGCACGCUCGGCUCUACGUUUGUCCCUGUCAUCCUUGGCAGUGACAAAACAACAGUUUCAGUCGGGACAGGUAAUAAUGAGUAUUAUCCGCUAUAUGCCUCAAUUGGGAACAUUCGCAACAAUGUUCGACGAGCCCAUCGUGAUGGAGUAGCAGUCAUUGGCUUCCUUGCUAUGCCGAAAAGCAUGACAACCCCCGAAGUCACCCGUUUUGGAGACGGUCACUACCGUUGGGUUAUAUACGGACUAGGGCCAUACAUAGCAGAUUAUGAGGAGCAAGCGCUGUUAGCAUGUAUCAAUGUAUGGCAUCUCGCGAGGAUCUCGACGAAGAUGUGUUACGUCGUUGUCAGCGAAUACACAGAAGCACUCGUUCAAGAAGGUUCCUUAGGUGACCUGUGGGAUGACUUUGGAAUAGUCGGGGAACUUGUAGCAUUUACGAACGACUUCCCCAGAGCUGACAUCCAUCAGAUGAUCUCACCGGAUAUUCUCCAUCAACUCAUCAAAGGAGCAUUCAAGGACCACCUCGUCGAAUGGGCGGAUCAAAUUAUGGAUGAUAUUGAUUGCAGAAUUGCCACUGUCGCCUCAUUUUCAGGCUUGCGACGAUUUCCUCAGGGACGUGGCUUCAAGCAAUGGACAGGAGAUGAUUCGAAGGCCCUGAUGAAGGUCUACUUGCCUGCCAUCGAGGGUCAUGUACCCGUAGAUGUCGUGCGCACCUUUCGUGCACUUCUCGAAUUUUGUUACCUAGUCCGUCGUAACAUAAUCACAGAAGACACUCUAGUCGAAAUCGAAGACGCUCUCUCACGCUUUCACCAUUACCGUAACAUCUUCAGGACGACAGGAGUGGUUCCUACCUUUUCCCUACCUCGCCUCUGCUCAUCGAUUACUGAAAACAAGCACAUCAAAGCGGUCAAGGAGCCAUGGAGACGAUCCAGCCGUUAUAAUGCACUUGGUCAAAUACUUGUGACCAACCAACGGCUCGACAAACUUUCCGCAGCACGAGCUGACUUCACACGUCGGGAAUCUUAUGGCAAAAAACGUGCUCAAACUAUUCCUGCACUUGCCGAAGAACUCAAUAUUCCUAGUCUACCUGACCUCCUCAGACGCUUCUUAUUCCAACAGUUGCAUCCUAAAGAUCCUCGCGACCCAUCUAAUAUACCCCUCGCCAAAUGUCCCCUCUAUCUUAGCAAAAUCUCGGUCUUCAAUUCCGCAUCAUCACGAUUCUAUGCGCCGAGUGAUUUGAGCGGGAUCGGUGACUCCAGUUUGCCUGGCAUGCAAGGCCUCGAAGUCGCCCGUGUUCGUGCAUUUUUCUCAUUCAGGUACCGGGGCAGGUUAUAUCCCUGUGCUCUAAUAAGCUGGUUCGACAAAGUUGGCGACGCCCCAGAUGAAGAUACAGGAAUGUGGAUAGUUCGUCCUGGAUUUGGAGCAGACAGUGCUCCAGGGUACGUGGUCAUUCAUAUUGACUCUAUUUAUUGUGCUGCGCAUCUUAUUCCCAUGUAUGGCGUGCAAUUUGUGCCCCGGGAGCUCAAAUUUUAUCAUUCAUAUGACGCAUUUCAAGCCUACUAUGUGAACAAAUACGCUGAUCACCACGCAUUCGAGAUUGCAUUUUGACUUCACUUUGUUUUGGAUACUAGCGUGUAGCUACUUAAACACAAUUUGACUAUAUACUACUAUUUUCGUUCUGAA